CCGCCUGGCAGCACUCUGAGGUACCAAUGCCGCCCUGGGUACUUCAAGAGAACCUUCUCGCUCUCCUGCCUUCCCGGCUCAGUCUGGACACUGCCACCCCCCAUGGCCUGCAAGAAGAAGUCGUGCCCGUUGCCGCCAGAUGUCCACAAUGGCAGAGUGGAGGCCACCAGCUUGGAGUUCGGGGCUGUCAUCAACUACACAUGUGAGGACGGAUUCCGCCUCAUCGGGAAGUCCUCAGCCCUGUGCUUGAUCUCAGAGAACACGCUCAUGUGGGACCAGGAGCCCCCCAUCUGUGACCCCAUUCCCUGCGAGAGCCCCCCACCCAUCACCAAUGGACGCAUCACUAAUUCCUACUUGAGCAACUUCCUCUAUGGGACUGUGGUAACUUAUGAAUGCAACAAGGGCAGAGGCCGCCAGGGGCAGUUCCAGCUGGUAGGGGAGAAGUCCAUUUACUGCACCAGCAAGGACAAUCGUGUGGGGGUCUGGAGCAGUCCUGCCCCUCUGUGCAUCCAGCCUGGCACAUGCACACCUCCAGAUGUUGAGAACGGACUCUGGAAGCCUGAGAACAAAAGCCUGUUUCACUUAGGUGACACUGUCCAGCUGUGGUGUCAACCUGGCUUUGACCUGAAGGGCCCCCGAAGCGCGCGGUGCAGACCUGAGAACAAGUGGGAGCCAGCAUUGCCCAGCUGUUCCCGCCGGUGCCGGCCACCCCCAGAGAUCCUGCAUGGCUGGCACACAGCAGUCCAGCAGGAGCUUUUCCCUCCUGGGGCCCAAGUGUCCUAUACCUGUGAGCCAGGCUAUUGGCUGGACGGGGCUGCUUCCCUGCACUGCACGCCCCAGGGGGCUUGGAGCCCAGUGCCCCCCCGAUGCACAGAGAGACCGUGCGCUGCCUUCCGGGACCGGCUUCGCCAUGGCAGGGUACUCCUUCCGCUCAGCCUCCAGCCAGGAGCCAAGGUCUCCUUCGAAUGUGAGGAGGGAUUCCGCCUGCAAGGCAGCUCGGCCCGUCACUGCGUCCUGGAAAGAGGCCAGAGCCUGUGGAAUGGCAAAACUCCCAAGUGUGAGCAAAUCUUCUGUACACCACCCCUGCCGAUCCUCCAUGGGAGCCACUCCAGGGAGUCUCUGGGAAAUGUUCCCUAUGGGGAAGAGGUGACCUAUGCCUGCGACCCCCAUCCGGAUCCACACAUGACCUUCAACCUCAUUGGGGAAAGCACCAUCCGCUGUGGCAAUGACAGUCAGGGGCAGGGGGUGUGGAGCGGCCCUGUACCCCGCUGUGAGACCGCUCGGCGGACCCCAGCAUGCCCACCCCCGCCCAAGAUCCUCCACGGACACCUCAUUGGAGGACACACGUCUCCAUACCAUCCUGGGAUGUCCAUCAACUAUUCCUGUGACCCCGGCUAUGUUCCUGAUGGCGUACCAUUCGUGUAUUGCACCCACCUGGGCACCUGGAGUACCACCAACCAUGCCUGCAGAGAAAUCUUCUGUACACCACCCCUGCCGAUCCUCCAUGGGAGCCACUCCAGGAAGUCUCUGGGAAAUGUUCCCUAUGGGGAAGAGGUGACCUAUGCCUGCGACCCCCAUCCGGAUCCACACAUGACCUUCAACCUCAUUGGGGAAAGCACCAUCCGCUGUGGCAAUGACAGUCAGGGGCAGGGGGUGUGGAGCGGCCCUGUACCCCGCUGUGAGACCGCUCGGACCCCAGGACAGUCUUGCACAGUGCCCCCGGCACCCCUCAAUGGCAGGGUGCUGACAGAGUCAGACACCCAGGUUGGAUCAGCAGCUCACUACUCCUGUGAUGAAGGGUAUCGGCUCACUGGUUCUCCAUCUGCAAUCUGCAUCCUGUCAGGCCAGAGUGUCACUUGGGACAAGGAGGCACCGGGUUGUGAGGAAAUCUUCUGUACACCACCCCUGCCGAUCCUCCACGGGAGACACUCCAGGAAGUCUCUGGGAAAUGUUCCCUAUGGGGAAGAGGUGACCUAUGCCUGCGACUCCCAUCCGGAUCCACACAUGACCUUCAACCUCAUUGGGGAAAGCACCAUCCGCUGUGGCAAUGACAGUCAGGGGCAGGGGGUGUGGAGCGGCCCUGUACCCCGCUGUGAGACCGCUCGGCGGACCCCAGCAUGCCCACCCCCGCCCAAGAUCCUCCACGGACACCUCAUUGGAGGACACACGUCUCCAUACCAUCCUGGGAUGUCCAUCAACUAUUCCUGUGACCCCGGCUAUGUUCCUGAUGGCGUACCAUUCGUGUAUUGCACCCACCUGGGCACCUGGAGUACCACCAACCAUGCCUGCAGAGAAAUCUUCUGUACACCACCCCUGCCGAUCCUCCACGGGAGCCACUCCAGGAAGUCUCUGGGAAAUGUUCCCUAUGGGGAAGAGGUGACCUAUGCCUGCGACCCCCAUCCGGAUCCACACAUGACCUUCAACCUCAUUGGGGAAAGCACCAUCCGCUGUGGCAAUGACAGUCAGGGGCAGGGGGUGUGGAGCGGCCCUGUACCCCGCUGUGAGACCGCUCGGCGGACCCCAGAAGUAUUUUGUCACCUCCCACACUUGGUGAAUGGAAUCUGGAAGGAGUCCACAGCACAGUCAGUCUACCGCUAUGGGGACAAUGUGACUGUGCAGUGUGAUUUUGGGCACACUCCGGAAGGUAGUCCUUGGAGCCAGUGUCAGGCGAAUGGCACCUGGGUCCCAUCUCUGGCCCUGUGCGUGACUGGUGCCUGGCCUGCUCUCCUGGCAGGCUCACUCUCAGCUGUGAUUCUCUUCAUUUUACUUCUUGUCGCUUCUUAUUGGAUAAGUCUAAGGUGUAGAAAAGGCAACAGUCCAGGCAAAAAAUGUGAGGAAGUAAGUGUCCACCUACAUCCUCAAGAAGACAAGGUCUCUAUUCAUGCUCUGUCUCUGCAACCAACUCAGGAAAAUACCAGGUGUACUUCUGGACCCAGUCCAAACAUGAACAGUGCCAGUCAGAAAUUGAUUGGAAAAGAACUAAUAUGAGUCCUACAUCUUACAAUGGCUUAUAGAAAGGUAGACUUGCAUUGCAAGGAAAUGGCCAGCAGGACCCUCUCUAGUCCCUGUGCAGAAAGUGCCUUCUGCUGGGAGAUCAUGGGUGCAUCCCAGGGCUCAGAAAGAAGAGUUCCAGCAAAUGUCCUAUUCCUUUCAACUUACCAAGUUUAUAGUCUGGGACUCAUGAAAGAGAAUUUGAAAACAGGAGGAAGUCAUGAAAAAACAAAUAAGACACAUAUUUGUAUAUCUCAGAACUUUCA